AUGAUUUUAGAAUUAAUUUUCCUAUUAACAGGUGUUCAAUCUAUUAUUCUCAAAUUCAAAGUUCCACCUGGUUAAUAAUAGUGCAUCAAAGACUCUGUGUCUUAAAAUACACUCAUAUACGGAAAUUACGACACCACAUCCUUACAUUACAGUUUUACAUUGAGUGUAUUCAAUCCAUACUAUCUUAUUUUAGAUUAUAAAUUCAUAGGAUUAAGAGUCAAUCAUUAUUCAGCAUGCAAAUGAUAUCAAUCAAUAAUUUCAUUAUGUAAUGGAAGAGUCAGGAGAAAUUUCUAUGUGCUUUGAAGUUGAGGAUUACGCAGAUGUUACAAUCUUUAAUCUGUUUUAUGAAAGCGGUACGAAAUCAUUAUUGAUAUCUAUUAUAGGAGCUGAAAUCUAUGACUAAGAUUUAUUGGCCAAAAAACAACAUGUUCUUAAUCUAAAUGAGACAUUAGACACAAUGGAAUAAUUGCAAUAAGAUAUAUCAAGAGAACAAUUGUUGAUUGUUGAUAGAGAAAAUAAAAGAAAACAUAGCUUUACCGAUAUUCAAACCAAAAUUAUUGGUUUUGCAGGCAUAACCUUUGGAUUGUUAAUAAUUGUGGGUGCUUGUUAAGUUAUAUAUGUCAGAAGAUUUAUAGUGUAUAAAAAAUUAGCUUGA